CACCAUGGGCUUCAGACUCAGACCUACAUCCUCCUGCACCAGGGCCAGCUCUCUUCGUAACCUACAGGUGCUGCUGAGCCUGCUUCUCGUUGCGCUGGUUCCCCUUGCAGUUGGAAAACCUGAUAACAACGAGCCAUUUAUCGAAUUGCGCUGCAGAUGUACGAAUACACUCUCUGGAAUCCCACUGAACUCUAUCUCCCGUGUGAAUGUGUUCCGGCCAGGAGCACACUGUGACAAUGUGGAAGUGAUAGCCACACUGAAGAAUGGAAAGGAAGUGUGCCUGGACCCGACUGCCCCUAUGAUCAAGAAAAUCGUCAAGAAGAUAUUGGAAGGUUAUUGACCAGCUGCUUCG